AUGGUGAACAUGCAAAUGUUCCUGAGCUCCCCUGACUUGGCGACGCCGCACGGCGGGCCUCCUUUCCAAGGCUGGCGGAAAGGCUUUGGUUUCGGACAUAGCAGAGGUCCCGGUGGAUAUAUGCACGAACCGUCCAUGGUUCUCAAACUGAAGUGCAGUCCGAAGUACGACCGCACUCUUGCAAGCAGUGCAUUCUGGAGAAAGAAGUGGGAGCUUGGUCAGGCAAACAGCUUCGGUAUCGGGGAGCGCCCUAGCUACAGCAGACCGGAGGAUGCGGAUGUGGGUCCAAACACCUAUGGCGACUAUUCCAAGCAGGUUGACAAGGUGAAGCGCAAUGCCAUCCGACCUGGCAUCAAGCUGAAAGAGCGCUUUCCGACCUUUGAGGAGAAGAAGCGGGACUCAAGAUCCGGCGUCAGUGGGCCUGGGCCUGCAAAGUACAACACCAGCAUACCUGCAGGCAAGUCCUCUUGGGUCUACCCUGCCAGGAAUCCAACAUGGUCCCUGGGUGCACGCACCAUGCUGGCUCAAGACAAGGAGACUAUGGGAAAGCCUGGCCCCGACGCUUACAACUGCGUCACCCAGCCUGGAACAAACUCACCAGUUCUGCGAGGCACUCUCUAUGACAUCACGUUGAAAACCAGGACGAAGGUUCAUCAGCUUGGUGAAGCAAGUCCCGGGCCAGCACGCUACAACGUUCAGGGUGAGCUGGCGAAGUAUGGCCUCGACCAGAAGAUUGCAAACGUAAAGGCACCCUGCGUACUUUCGUACGAAUGCCACUGUUGCGUAUGGUACUGCCAUGAACUUGUCAGGUGCCGCGGAAACCGCCCCCAUCACCUGGUAUGA